UGUUGUAAACAAAAAGUAGCUGGGCCAGGCGGGGGGUUAGCGUCAGGGUAAGCGUCAGGGUAAGCGUCAGGAUGCGGGAAAUUGUGCAUCUUCAGCUUGGUGGCUGCGGGAACCAUAUUGGGUCAAAGUUCUGGGAGGUGGCCAGCGACGAGCAUGGCGUAGACCCGACUGGAACUUUCCACGGAGAAUCUGACCUGCAGCUAGAGAGGAUCAACGUCUACUACAACGAGGCUACUGGCGGCAAGUUCGUGCCUCGCGCCAUCCUAGUUGACCUUGAACCUGGAGUGCUGGACAGUGUCCGUGGAGGGCCGUUUGGUCAGAUCUUCCGUCCUGACAACUUCGUCUUCGGCAAGUUUGGCUGCAGCAAUAACUGGGCCAAAGGUUUCUUCACUGACGGCGCCGAACUGGCGAACACGAUCUGUGACAUCGCCAGACGGGAGGCGGAGUCGUGUGACUGUCUCCAGGGCUUUCAGAUGGUCCACGCCCUAGGGGGCGGCACUGGCGGCGGACUGGGCUGUCUGCUGCUGUUGAGGCUGAAGGAGGAGUUCCCUGACAGGAUGUUCUGCUCCUUCGCUGUUCUACCCUCCCCCAAGGUAUCCGAGGUGGUGGUGGAGCCUUACAACGCCAUCCUCUCGCUCAACACCAUCAUGUCGUGCACCGAGCACACCUACAUGCUGGACAACGAGGCGCUGUACGACAUCUGUUACCGCACGCUCAAGCUCUCGGCCCCGGCAUACGGCGACCUCAACCACCUCGUCUCCUGCGUCAUGUCCGGCAUCACCACCAGCUUUAGGUUCCCCGGUCAGUUAAAUGGAGACCUGCGCAAGCUGGCGGUCAACAUGGUGCCGUUUCCCAGACUCCACUUCUUCGUGCCCGGGUUCGUGCCCCUGACGGCCCGAGGGAACCAGCCGUACAAGUCCAUCUCCGUGCCGGAGCUGACGCAGCAGAUGUGGGACGCUAAAAACAUGAUGUGUGCCAUCGACCCGCGUCACGGGCGCUACCUCACGGCGGCCGCUGUCUUCAGGGGGCGCAUGUCUACCAAGGAGGUGGACGAGCAGAUGCUGAACGUGCAGACCAAGAACAGCUCCUACUUCAUCGAGUGGGUCCCCAACAACGUCAAGACCAUCAUCUGCGACAUCCCGCCCCGCGGGCUCAGGAUGGCCGCCACCUUCAUCGGCAACACGACGGCCAUCCAGGAGGUCAUCCGACGCAUCGGGGACCAGUUCCACUCCCUGCUGGCCCGUCGGGCCUUCUUGCACUGGUACACAGGUGAGGGUAUGGAGGAGUCUGACUUUGUGCAGGCCCAGGAGAGCAUGAGGGACCUGAUCUCCGAGUACCAGCAGUACCAGGACGUGCCCACAGAGCUGGGCAUGGACUACCUGGACCAGGCCAUGGCGGACGUCCCGGGGGGUCAGCACCAGACCAGGAGCAUGACGGCCUCAGACCUGCUCAUCAAACAGCACCAGAAGAAGAAGGGGGGAUCCUCUAAGGCCACACGAUACUAGCCAGCCAACACUAGACCUGCUCAUCAAACAGCAUCAGAAGAAGAAGGGGGGAUCCUCUAAGGCCACACGAUACUAGCCAGCCAACACUAGACCUGCUCAUCAAACAGCACCAGAAGAAGAAGGGGGGAUCCUCUAAGGCCACACGAUACUAGCCAGCCAACACUAGACCUGCUCAUCAAACAGCACCAGAAGAAGUAGGGGGAUCCUCUAAGGCCACACGAUACUAGCCAGCCAACACUAGACCUGCUCAUCAAACAGCAUCAGAAGAAGAAGGGGGGAUCCUCUAAGGCCACACGAUACUAGCCAGCCAACACUAGACCUGCUCAUCAAACAGCACCAGAAGAACGGGGGAUCCUCUAAGGCCACACGAUACUAGCCAGCCAACACUAGACCUGCUCAUCAAACAGCACCAGAAGAAGAAGGGGGGAUCCUCUAAGGCCACACGAUACUAGCCAGCCAACACCCAACACUAGACCUGCUCAUCAAACAGCACCAGAAGAAGAAGGGGGGAUCCUCUAAGGCCACACGAUACUAGCCAGCCAACACUAGACCUGCUCAUCAAACAGCAUCAGAAGAAGAAGGGGGAUCCUCUAAGGCCACACGAUACUAGCCAGCCAACACUAGACCUGCUCAUCAAACAGCAUCAGAAGAAGAAGGGGGGAUCCUCUAAGGCCAUACGAUACUAGCCAGCCAACACCCAACACUAGACCUGCUCAUCAAACAGCACCAGAAGAAGAAGGGGGGAUCCUCUAAGGCCACACGAUACUAGCCAGCCAACACUAGACCUGCUCAUCAAACAGCAUCAGAAGAAGAAGGGGGGAUCCUCUAAGGCCACACGAUACUAGCCAGCCAACACUAGACCUGCUCAUCAAACAGCAUCAGAAGAAGAAGGGGGGAUCCUCUAAGGCCACACGAUACUAGCCAGCCAACACUAGACCUGCUCAUCAAACAGCACCAGAAGAAGAAGGGGGAUCCUCUAAGGCCACACGAUACUAGCCAGCCAACACUAGACCUGCUCAUCAAACAGCACCAGGAGAAGAAGGGGGAUCCUCUAAGGCCACACGAUACUAGCCAGCCAACACUAGACCUGCUCAUCAAACAGCAUCAGAAGAAGAAGGGGGGAUCCUCUAAGGCCACACGAUACUAGCCAGCCAACACU